UUUAUACAAAAUAAAAUCUGUUUUAAAAGUUUUAUUCAAAAAUAUUAAAGAUUUUGCUUAUAGAGCCUAAGGAACAAAAAAAUGGAAGGGUAUGAUGUAGAAAUAGUAGGAGAAGCAACAAAUGAUUUCUUUUGUGUCAUAUGUUUAAAACUUAUGUGCAAUCCAGUUCAAUUUAGAUGUGGCCAUGGUAUGUGUCGAGGUUGUUUUAAAAGAUUAAUGAAAAAAGCACAAAAUAGAUCUUGUGAAAUUCAAUGUCCUCAGUGUCGUGAAAUUGUACGUGAGUCUGAGGUAUUUUCAAACAUAAUGAUUCACCGCCUGAUUCUUUCAUUGACUGUUAAAUGUCCGAAUGAAGAUUGUGGUUGGGAGGGUGAACUGCUUCGUUUACAGGAUCACGAAGACACCCAUAGUUCAGACACAUCUCAUUUCCAAGUACAAACAAAGUCUCAAAGUCAAUGCUCAAUGAAGACUUUACCACUACAAGCUGAUUUAACAGAUAGCUCCCAAUUAUCUAGAAAACUUGAAGCACUCGAAAAAAAAAUUCUUUCUCGUUUUGCACAAUUUGAAAAAAUAUUACGCACAGUUCCGGUUGAUAAGCAUCACCUAAACCAGAAACAAUCUUCUCAUUCCAUAUUUUUAUGCUCUUCUAUUCUGCUUGUGGUAGUUAUGGUAAUACUUGUUGUGUCAAGUCCACUCUUUUUUAAUAGCAUGAAAUUGAAAAAACAAGAUUUUAUGUUAAAGCAUUUUAGAAGGAUUUUUAAAUUUGAGACAGUAAAUACAACAACUGUUAGUUCACAAUUUAAACAUUUAUCAAAAAUGAUUUCUUCUCUAUUGACAAUUCAAAUGGAAGAUAUUGAAUUUUGUAAAAAGGAUUUACAGUUAGAGUUUACUGCUUUUGAAAAAAUGCAAUUAAAGUCUAUUGAAGAAAAAAAGUCUUUAUUUCAAGAACAGCUGAGUGCAAUUCAAUUCAAAAACAAUCAAGAUUUAUUAUUGGAGCAAAAUUCAGUAAAAAAGGUGCUUUCAUCUGUUAAGAAUUUCAAAAUGUCAGAGUUAGAUAAGAUGAACUCAUUUGAAAGUGAAUUUUUGUUAACUCGGCUGAGAAAAUGUGCUGCAUUAAGAGGAAGAGUUCAGCGACUUUUUGAUAAAGUAAAUGUUUUUAGAAUUAAUGGUUAUGUUGAAAGUAAUGUGAAUUCAGAAGCUGUUAUGGUCCAAAUGAGUGAUCUUGAAUUGCGCUUGUAUGAAUUGUAUAACUAUUUAGAUGAAACAAGAAAUCGUGAAAUCCUCAAGUACCAAUUUGCUCUACUGAGAGGUCAUAUAAUGUACAAACUUAAUGAGUAUUAUACAAAUUUAACAGGAGUUAUAGUAUAUAACAGUGGUUUUGAAAAAAGAAAUGACAUUAGUCUGUACAAUGUUUACAAUGUGAAUCUUAUUUUUGUUUGGAGCAUUAACUGUACUCAUAUGGAACUAUUAAAGGAAAAUCAUGCAUAUUAUUCUGAAAAUUUUGCUGCAGCAGGAGCUGGAAAAUCAUUCUUACUUUUAUACAAAGAUAAAAAUCGCCCUGGAAUGUGGGAGAUUACAUAUAAUCAAAAUAGAACUUCAUUUCUUUAUGAUACUUUUACUGUUUCUAUAAUGAACCAAUUUUCUGAAACACAACUUAUAUGUCCAGAAUCACCAAUAGGCGAAUCUCCUAAAGACAAUAUUGCAACAGUUACAAAAUUUUUUCAUAUUCCUCUCAGCCAGGAGCAAAUGAUUGAUCAGGGGUAUAUUUACAAUGACAUGCUUUACAUAAAAUGUGCAGUGGAUUAAAUAUUGUUUUUAUAUAGGAGCAAUUAAUUGAAGAGGGUGGUAUAUAUUUUUUAAUCGAAACCAUUACUUUGAGAAGUGUUCAUUGGGUAUGAUAAAAAAAAAAUUUUUAUUUAUUUUUAAAUAUUAACCAU